AUGCCUGAAGAUCUCUUUAAUAGUAAUUUCAAUCAUAAAUAUCUUUUAACAUAUAAAUGUUCUCAAGAUCAUUUAGAAAUGUUAUUUUUUAAGAUCCACCAAAGACUUGGUAACAACAACAAUCCUAAUGUUGUUGAAUUAAAAACAUCAUUAAAAAAAAUGUUACUAAAAAAUGCGAUUUCAUCAUCUUAUGCUGCCAAUUGUAUGGCUUUUGACAAUACAUCGGAAAGCAUUUUUGAAAUACGUUGGCGUAAAAAAUCUAAGGAUUUAUUAAAUACAGAUUCCAGUGAAGAAUCUCUUUCAAGUAUUUCAAUCCUUUGA